GUCAGAUUAGACGGCAGAGUGCCGGCGGGACGGUAACUUGUCUAAUUUGAGGUUAUUUUUUUUAUUGUUGUGAUAAAUAUGAAAUAAACAGACUUUAGCUGCGCUAAUAUAUUAUGAAUAUGAAGUUAAUACUACUGUUUAUCUGUUUUUGUGUUGUGAAUUGUCGAAUAGAUUACAGAAAAGGACGGAACUUUGCAAUUAAUAAUAAAAAUACAAAAAAGUAUAGUCCAAAUUGGAAAAGUUUGGACACUCGUCCACUGCCAGAAUGGUAUGAUAAGGCAAAAAUAGGCAUUUUCCUACAUUGGGGCGUGUACUGCGUGCCAGGGUAUGGAUCUGAAUGGUUCUGGAGCAACUGGAAAGGUGGUUCAAAAUCGAUAGAAGAAUUCAUGAAAAAAAACUAUCCACCCGAGUUCACUUAUCAGGAGUUCGCGCCUAUGUUUAAAGCGGAGUUCUUUGACCCGCAGAGUUUCGCAGACCUAUUCGUGAAAUCAGGAGCGAAGUACAUAGUCCUUACAAGUAAACACCACGAAGGUUUCACUCUAUUUCCAUCAAAGCGCUCCUUCAGUUGGAACGCAGUGGAAGUUGGUCCCAAACGUGACCUCGUUGGAGACUUGGCCAAGAGCGUGAGAGCUAAAGGAUUAAAAUUCGGUGUUUACCAUUCAUUAUACGAGUGGUACAAUCCGAUUUAUGAAGAAGAUAAGAAGACUAAUUUCACCACGCGUACAUACCCUGAAACAAAACUAUGGCCGGAUAUAAAACAGCUUGUUAACGAUUACCAGCCUUCUAUUUUAUGGUCUGAUGGCGACUGGGAAGCGUACGACACUUAUUGGAAUUCAACAGAUCUCCUAGCCUGGUUGUAUAAUGAUAGUCCAGUGAAAGAUGAAAUAGUGGUCAAUGAUAGAUGGGGUAUUGAUAUACCGUGCAAACAUGGUGAUUUCUAUAACUGCGCAGACCGAUAUAAUCCUGGAAAACUUCAAAAUCACAAAUGGGAGAACGCUUUCACAAUGGACUCGGUUUCCUGGGGAUACAGGAGGAACAUGAAUUUGAAACAGAUCCUCUCUAUCAACCAACUGCUCACUGAAGUUGUAUCUACGAUCAGCUGUGGAGGAAAUGCUCUCAUUAACGUGGGCCCUACAAAAGAAGGCACAAUAGCUCCCAUAUUUGAAGAACGAUUACUUGCACUUGGGGAGUGGCUGGAAGUGAACGGAGAAGCAAUUUACUCCACAUCGCCUUGGCUGCACCAAAACGACACCGCUGCUGGCGAUAUCUGGUACACCUGCACGAAGACCGAACACAACGUAAUGCAACCAACGCAGAUACCAACAAGAUUUGACACCGUCACAGCUAUAUACGCAAUAUUCCUAAAAUGGCCGACUAAUAACGUUCUGAGCCUUAGAUACAUGGCUACUUACCUGCACUCUGGAACGUUUAAAGUCAAGUUACUGGGCAAUGAUGAAGAUUUAAAUUGGCAUAUCAGUUAUGGACUGGCUCGCAUCGACUUACCAGAUAAAUCUACUGUUAAAUCUAAUAAUGCUUGGACGUUGAAAUUUACACAAUAACAGUUUCUAUCACUUUUAUAACUAUCAUUAAAUUUCAACUAUAUAAUUUGUGUUAAGUUUGUUUAAUAAUA